CUUAAACCCUAAUGUCCCGCGUAACUCCUCUCUCCCGCCAAAAUUCAUCUACUGUGUCACUCGCACUCACGCUCCUCACGCGCCGUCUCUCCUCGGCCACCGCUUCCGAUGCCUCUUCCAAACUCCACGAUUGCUACUCUUUCGAACCCCCCGCAUCACUUUCCCCCACAUCCCAAAAUCCCACCGAUACAAUCGUCAAACCGAAGAAAAAGCUAAAACCCCAAUACCGUCCCCCUUCAUCGCUUGAUCGAACAGGGCGAAAGCCAGUACAUUCCGAUUUGCCCUUUGAUUUUCGAUAUAGCUACACGGAAAGUAGCCCCUCAGUGAGGCCGAUUGGGCUUAGAGAGCCCAAGUACUCGCCGUUUGGACCGGGCAGGCUUGAACGGCCAUGGACUGGGGUUUGUGCUCCGGCGGUGGACCCAAAGGUGAAGAGUUUAGAGGGGCAGGAGGAUCCGAACAUGACGGAACAGAGGAUGAAGAAGAGAGAGUUAAUUCAAGGUAAGCCACUUACUUCGGCUGAGAGGAAGGUGCUGGUUUCGAAGUGCGAAAGGAGUAAAACUAAGAGGCAAAUAAACUUGGGGAGGGAUGGUUUAACUCACAAUAUGCUGAAUGAUAUUCAUAAUCACUGGAAGCAUGCAGAAGCAGUUAGGAUUAAAUGUAUGGGUGUGCCUACUGUGGACAUGAAAAAUGUUUGCACCCAGCUGGAGGAUAAAACAUUUGGAAAGAUUAUUCAUAGACAUGGAGGUACCCUUGUAUUGUAUAGAGGCAGGAAUUAUAAUCCCAGAAGGAGGCCUGUAAUACCUCUCAUGUUGUGGAGACCCCAUGAACCCAUAUAUCCAAGACUCAUUAAGACAACAAUUGAAGGCUUAAGUAUUGAGGAAACAAAGGAAAUGAGGAAGAAAGGAUUGGCCGUCCCCGCUUUAACAAAGCUUGCCAAAAAUGGUUAUUACGGUAGUUUGGUGCCCAUGGUGAGAGAUGCUUUUCUCUCAUGUGAAUUGGUUCGGAUUGACUGCCAAGGUCUUGAGAAGAGUGAUUACAAGAAAAUUAGCUGCAAGCUUCGGGACCUGGUGCCUUGUAUUCUGGUGACAUUUGACAAAGAACAGAUUGUGGUUUGGAGGGGAGCCGAUUUCAACCCCCCCGAGGAUGGAUACUCAUUUACACAUCGAGAAUUGUUUGAUGAUUCUGAUGAUAACUUAACCUCCGGAGAAGAGGCAUGUGACAAGUUUGAUGAUAGAAGCACCUUAUGAUAUUAGUACUGCUGUUUGCAUUGGUGAUGAAAUCCCGUUUUUGAUGAUGCAAAUAGUAGCCGUGAGUGAGAAGUUCCUUUAAGGUUGGAUUAAAGUAUUAUCGGUGAAAAUAGUCAGAGAAAGGGGGACCUUUCAAGGAACCUGCGUUGAUGAUCCUAUUUGUCCAAACUUUUGCUUCUGCGCCUGAUCCCUAUGGUACUGCUGGUGGUUGAACUGCAUUUUGGAAGAUAGGGAUAAAAUAGUAAAUUAGCUAGAAGCUGACAUGCGGUUCAUUGUAACAGAAGCUCUGGAAUAUGCUCCUCCUAUAUGCGUAGUCGCAUGAUGUAGAAAGCUACGCUGUGGGAAAGAGCUGACAUUGUUAUCAUGUGUAUUUGUGGUCCUGCUGGAA